CAAUUUACCUCAUUACGGAGAGUGAAUAGACUUGUUGAGUGGCAUCAAUACUUCACCAAUCUUUUGGUGAGAACCCGAUAAACGUUGAUUUAUGUACAACACCCGAAUAUGGAGUAAAACUUAAAUACAGACUUGUCGUUCACGACGUACGGGAAUUCAAAGCAGAUAAUUGUAAUUCAGUAAACAAGGCAAUGAUUAUUAAAAUAAUCCAAAAUAAUUUAAAACCAAGCAAUCAUUGUGUUGGAACUUUGCAAAUUGGAGCUGGCCCAGUGAACUUAGAACUUUGUGAUUACCAACCAGGCGACUGCUUUCUUUGUGCGUCAAGAGCUGUGAAUGAUGAAUCUAUUACUGAGGAUUGCAGUAGGAUAUUUCCUUAUAUUAUUGAGGAUAAUAUGUUUCCGAUAACUUUGACGUAUAAGGCAGUGGAUGGUUUCUCCAAUCCAUUAAACGAAUUUCAUAUCUACUUCAAGUACGCGAUGAUAAACAUUACAGAAAAUGAGCCGACUGGGACAAAACCUGGACAUUUUGUGAACGAUACACAGAAAGGCAUUACUUCAAUUCCACUGUCGACGACAAUAGAAGAUUUAAAAACACCCAACGGUUUUGAUGAAAACUGUAAUACAAAGGAUAACCCAACUUUGAUAAUUGUUCUGGCAACCUUGCUUGGUUUAGCAGUACCUCUUGUAAUCAUCCUAACAUUGAGAUUGUUUCGCAAACUGGCAUAUUAUCGCCAGAUAGUAUCUACAACUUCGAAAAUUCUCCGAACUCCGAAACCCGAACUGCAGAAUGAGAACGAAAUUCGACAAGAGAACGAAGUGCAGCAAGAGAAUGAAAUGCAGCAAGGAAGUGAAGUCCGCCACGAGAACGACGAGGCCCAGGAAGAAAACAACCCAGACAACAUAGAAGAUAUGUAUAGCGUCGUCAACAAAAAGGAAAAAACUUCAAAAAACGAAAAAGAAAUGGUAGACAACGUCCUUUAUAAUAUGUAGAUGCAUUCAUUUUUUUCCUCAAAACACUAAGAUUUGAUAAUAUUUAUACGGACAACACGAUACGGCUACGUAUAUUGCAGCAAAUUUUUUUUCCAAUUAAAGUAAUACCGAGGAAUUUCGAAAUUUCAUUCGAAAGGCUAUUUUCUUUAUUUUAUUAUUUCACUUUCUUUGAAAUUUUUUGUUCAUAUUGUUAAGCUUUAUUUUUUUAAACAUUGAAUAUGUAUGUCGUGACAUGGAUAUAAAUUUUCCCGUGCUUGAGGAAUUGCCCUCAUUCUCAGCUUUCAAAUAUUUCCAUCUCGAUAAAGAAUAAUAUUCUAGGAAGGAUUCCAAGUUUUCAGAAUAGAUCUGAUACAAACAUUUAUUGGCUGGUAGACUGGUAGAAAUGACGCAAAAUGUGACGUGAAAAUACGUCAUAGUCACACUGUCUAAUGAAAUAAUAUGAAUCAUCAAACUUGCUUCCAUUGAAUGAAUCAUCACCUAUGUCAGGUUAGUUGCUCAAAUUUGAAUAUUUCGAAUAAUAUUUGUACGUUAAAUGUUUUUGGUUUCGUGAUUUUCUUAUUUAUUUACGCAUAUGCAAUGUUCAUCACUUUACUGCACUGCUUUCCUCGUUUCAGAAUAUUAGUUAUAUUAUAUAUUCAUAACAUUGCCGUAACAUACCAAAGACAUACCAAACUUUAUUCUAUUUGAAAACACUUAUGGUAAAAUAGAAUCAAAAUGCAUCUUAGCAACACUGGGGCGCAAUUAACCAGUGCUCGCUUGUAAUUGCAUAAUAAUUCAAUAUCAUAAAACACCUAAAUUACCACCGGUAUUUCCCACCCUCGCUCUUAAUAGAAUGUUAGAAGAAAAGUUAAAGAUUUAUACCUAAGGAGCUGCUAUAGUUUAGAAAUACCGGAAUCUUUUGUUUAUUGAAACUAACUGGGUUUAUGACAAGCUGUUGGUUGGUUCCGACUUUUUACGCGCAUCAAUGAACCAAGUGAGCUGCCCUUAUAAUUAAACCAACCAUAUUGAUGUAUUCCUAUUUUAUUGUAUGUUUUAUUUUAUCUAUAAAUAAUUUCAUAA